UGUUUGGCAAAAUGAUAGAGUUGAAAUUAUUGACAAUGAUCAGGGUAAUCGAACAACACUUUCAUAUGUUGUUUUCACUGAAAUGGAACAGGUUUUUGGAAAUGCUGCUAGAAAUCAAGUUGGUAUGAAUCCUUAUUAUACUAUAUUUAAUGCUAAACGUUUUAUUGGUCGCAGAUAUGAUGAACGGGAGUUUAAUCUGACAUGA